GCCUAGAGAGCUACGCGGAAGCCAGGCAGGCAGGCAGGGCGGUGGCGGUAGCACUGUGUACACCAUGGCUUACCCGGGGCACCCUGGCGCCAGCGGCGGGUACUAUCCUGGUGGGUACGGAGGGGCUCCCGGAGGUCCUGCGUUUCCUGGACAAACUCAGGAUCCACUUUAUGGUUACUUUGCUGCUGUGGCUGGACAGGAUGGGCAAAUAGAUGCUGAUGAAUUGCAGAGAUGCCUGACACAGUCAGGCAUUGCUGGUGGAUACAAACCUUUUAACCUGGAGACUUGUCGGCUUAUGGUUUCGAUGCUCGAUAGAGAUAUGUCAGGCACAAUGGGUUUCACUGAAUUUAAAGAACUCUGGGCUGUACUGAACGGCUGGAGGCAACAUUUCAUCAGUUUUGACAGUGAUAGGAGUGGAACUGUGGAUCCUCAGGAAUUGCAAAAGGCCCUGACAACAAUGGGAUUUAGGUUGAGUCCCCAGGCUGUGAAUUCAAUUGCAAAACGAUACAGCACCAAUGGAAAGAUCACCUUCGAUGACUACAUUGCCUGCUGUGUCAAACUGAGAGCUCUAACAGAUAGCUUUCGAAGACGGGAUACUGCUCAGCAAGGUGUUGUGAAUUUCCCAUAUGAUGAUUUCAUUCAGUGUGUCAUGAGUGUUUAAAGCAAGAAGGAGCUGUAUGAACAUAUUCGACUUUCCAGCUGGAGUUCUCUUUUGCUCACUCUGCCUUCAGUAAUAUUGUAAACUGGUAUCACCAUGCUUCCUUAGCAGCUCCUGUAAAGGUUUACUACUUAUGUACAAUUGAAACUUUAUUUUUAGUUUUGAUAAUAAAUUCUUUGGAAUUUUAAUAUAAGGUCAAGUUGAUUAUAUCAUGUAGAACUUCCUUGAACCACUGUCAAGCAUGUCUUUUCUUGCUAAGCCUCUUUUUAUGUAAAUUUAAGUGUAUAGAUGUUAAAGCAUAUUCUAUAUUUUUUAUUGUAGUAUAUAAAAACUUGUCAGCCAAUUAUAGCUGUUGCGUUUCUUAACUGGACUUUUAAAUGGUAUUGAAAGCUUUUGGUGUGGAGUGUUCUUCUCAUGUGAAGAUUUUAUAACCACAUAGAUGCAAAACAAAACAGUGACAAAUUUCAGGGCUCACAUUAAUGGAAAAUCAGCACAGGUUUUAAGGCUUACAGGUAUUUUGAUGGCCACAUGAAUGAACAGGGAACAUGUAUGAUUAUUUUCUACCUCUUACCUACUUCAUAAUUUGGUAAUCUUAAUAACGAUAUUAAGAACUUGUACAUUAUAAGCUUAACUAUGUAAACAAAAAAUUGAUCAAAAAAAGUCUAAGCAUAUGAAAAUAUUAAUUAUGGCUAUUUUGACUUUGUUUUUGAAUUCUAGAUGACUUUAAUUUCCUUUAUAUAUCUCAGUAUUUUCUAAGAUUCCUAUAAUGUGUGAUUUCCUUUUAAAAAUCAGAAGGAUGUUAAUUUUUAAAAUAUUGGUACUUCCAUUUUGAUAUAAUAGGCAUUCACUCUUUAAAAUAUGUACAACAAAAGGACUGGAAAAAAUAACAAAAUGUUGAUGUGUCUACCCCUAGAAGUCAAGAUCAUGAAUUCAUUUUCUCCCUUUUACUUUUCCAAAUAUUUUCAGAUAAGAAAGUAUUCACUUUAUAGUGAAAAAAAACAAAACAAACAUUUUAAAAAAGCUAUGAGCUUUGGAGUAACACCUGGAUGCCAAUGCUGGCUGUGCUUCUUACUCAGGAUUUGGUUUGAUUAUUUUCUAUAACCUCAGCCUUACUUUCCCUGUCUCUGAAAAGGAGCUAUUUCAUGGGUAGCUUAAAUAUGAAUAGUAUAUUAGUUUAGUAAGCACCAAUCAGGUUUCUGUUUCUUAUAUUGACUGCCUGAUUUGCUCUAUUUAAUAGAUAACACAAUGAAAUUAGUCUAUUUUCUUCUUACCAGCAGCCUAUCUUUUUUUUUUUUAGGGUGUCAUGUGAGAGUGAAAUAAUAGAGCUAUUUGGAUGAUCAAUUAAACAGUCAUCAAUCAGUGAAAAUAAAACACUUUCUAAGCAUGCUUAGCUGCAUUAAACUAUUUCUUAAACUAGCACAUGUAUGCAUACUCACUCACUUAAAUAUUUUUUCAACUUAUAUAUGGGUGAUUCCAACAUGUUAAGGAGGAAGGCCUGUGCGGACCCAAAUGCAUAGGCUAUAUUUGAACUAUCUUAUUGCUGUGGCAAAUUCCAAGGUAUAGUUCUGAAGUAUUUUUGGGUAAAUGCUGAAGUAUUAAAAAACUAUGACCCUGGAACUACCUAAUUUAUUUUUAAAUAUUGAUAUCUUAUAACAAGUCUGCUUAUCAUUUCUGCUAUUACUUCCUUUCCAAAGCAGGGAGCCAAGUCUUCAAUGUCUUUGCAGUUAGAAAGCUUUCUUUUCCUUGACAAAUUUCAUUUGUCCAUUCCCUUUGACUGCAGGAAUUCUUCAUAACAAGUGAAUCUCGUGUUACCUUAUUUCCUUUUUGUUGCAUUCUGUGUUUCAUUAAUUAUAUACUGCCAGUGUUGCCUCACCCACUUUUCUUGUUUUGUUUUCUUAAAGUAUCUAGUUGGAGCAUGAUAAAGCUGUGAGCUCAAACUUGAAUUACUUAGAGAACUAGAUUCCUCAAAUAAUUCCAACUCAAGGUUUUAGACAUGUGGGCUUUAGUUUUGUGCUUCAAGAGAUUCCUGAUUAUAUUAUAAAGUAUUUGACUCUUUCCAAACAUGUCCAUGAGAAUGUGGCUGCAAAGGGCCUGGUGUGUCUUCCCUGGGAACAAUGGUGUAGAUUCACCCCAGUGCAGUCUUAUUUAAUGAAUCCUGGCUCUCCUGUUGAGUCAAAGUGGAAUAUAGACUUCACUUCUGCAUGAUAUUCCAGGUGGAAUGAUCAGCCCAUGAGUUAGCAUGCAAGUGAAAUCUUACCUCUGAAACAUGUUUUUGCACUGCUGCAUCAGUUUUCAUCUUAAAUCAUUAUAUACCUUGAAUAUUAUAAGAAAUAGGGCUAUAUGUAACCACAAUAAAAAAUUUUAAAUUUCAUAAUAAAUGUGUAAACUCUU